CCCGGGCGAGGGACAGGCCAGGCGGGCGUGCAGUAGCCGACAAGCAGCGCGCGCGCACCCGUUUGCUCCAGCUUUCCUCCUCGCCCCGCGCCCGGCUGCCAGGCACUACCCCGCGCUGCCGCCUAGUACCGCGGCAUUUCCGUUUGCACCGUCCGCUUUUCUCCUCCGUACUCCCUGCUGUCGCUCCGGGGCAGUUUCCCUUCCCAGCGCUUCCGUCCUCUCGCUCCCCCUCUCGCUCGCCGUGCGCGUCGUCGUCCUCGUCGAUCGUUGUGGCCGCGGUGGCCGCCAUGGCCGGGCGUGGGGCUUCCUGGGGCGUGAUCAGGGCGGCGGCGGUGCUGGCCCUAGCUGUGGCCGUGCUGGGAGGGGUCGUGGCUUCGGCGUCCAGGGCGGAGCAUGUUUCUUCCCGCGCCGAGGAAUUGAAGGCUCUGAUGGCCAUCAAGGCGGCGCUCCAUGACCCGGACGGAAUUCUCGGAGACUGGAUCGUCACUGCCGGCCGUCACCGGUGCCGGUGGACGGGGGUCACAUGUUCCGUCGGCCGUAUCGACUCACUACAACUGCAGAACAUGGGCCUGGCCGGCACACUCUCGCCGGCGAUCGGGAAGCUGCGGCGACUGCGCAAUCUGUUAUUGCACCAUAACUCAAUCUCUGGCCCUAUUCCCGACGCCAUUGGAGGGCUGCCGCUGCUACGACAUCUUUCCCUGUCAAACAAUCAGCUCAACGGCACGAUACCUGACUCGCUGAUCAAUUCUAGCAGCCUCUUCGUCAUGGAUCUGUCCUUCAACAACCUGAGCGGCACGGUGGAGGCUUUCAACAUAAGGAAUGUACUCGUUUCCGGAAAUCCGCUGUUACGUUAUCCCGGUUGCGGAGGAAGUUGCGCCGCCUCCACAGUUUUGCAGCAAGAGAUCACUGUCCCCGCACUAGACCCGCCCACUCACUCACAAAGCGUUGCAGCAACCAUCAAAUUGGUGGUGAUCUGCGUAUCAAUUGGCUCUGUGGUAACUGUCGCCUUAUUUGGAGUCUUCGAGGCUACUCAGCAGUGGCGUAGGCGGCGCCUCCGGAUAUUUGCUGAGAUAGAUGGUAACCACGUGCUCUCCAAUGCUGUGGGUAAAUGUUUUCCAGACAAAAAGAACUCAGAAGUAAGCCAUGGUCAUCUGAAGAUGUACACGCUCAAGGAUAUCAAACAAGCUACCAACAGCUUCCACCCAAAUAACAUCUUGGGGCAUGGAGGAUUUGGGAUAGUAUACAAGGGUAUUUUGCUUGAUGGCACCAUUGCAGCUGUGAAAAGGUUGAGGGAAUUUGUUUCUGCUGGUGAAGUUCAAUUCCACACAGAAGUUGAAGUCAUGAGCUUGGUUGUUCACCGCAACCUCAUUAAUCUAAUUGGGUUCUGCUCUGAAGAUAAUGAGAGGAUCCUUGUAUACCCUUACAUGCUAAAUGGAACUGUUGCUUCCAAAUUACAAGCAUAUGUGAGCGGAAGACCUGCGUUAGACUGGGCAGGGAGAAAGAAGAUUGCGCUUGGCGCGGCGCGAGGGCUCGCCUAUUUGCAUGAGCGGUGUGAUCCAAGAAUAAUCCAUCGCGACAUAAAAGCGUCCAAUAUUCUUCUUGAUGAACAUUUUCAAGCGAUAGUCUCCGAUUUUGGGCUGGCAAAGCUCUUGGGUCAAGGGCAGUCCCAUGUUUUCACAGCAAUCCGUGGGACAUUUGGGCGUAUCGCUCCUGAGUAUCUGUUGACAGGUGAAUCAUCGGAUAAGACCGAUGUUUUCGCGUAUGGACUCUUGUUGAUCGAGCUAAUGACUGGUCGAAAAAGGUUGGACGUUAAUCCGGAUGAGUUUGAGAAGGGAGGAGUGGUUGAUUGGGCAAGGCAGCUCCUUAACGAUGGCCUGCUGAGCUCGUUCGUGGACGAGAGGCUGAAGUACAACUACAACUACGCCGAGGCGGAGGAGAUGGUCCAGCUAGCCUUGCUCUGCACAAUGUACAGGGCAGCCCACCGCCCAAGGAUGUCUGAAGUCGUCAGGAUGCUGGAGGGAGAUGGGUCGGUCGCGGGGAGAUGGGAGAGAUUGAAGGAUGUCAAGGCACCGGAGCACGGAAUGGAAACCCCCAAGAUUGUGCUGUCUCCUGCGCAUUACAGUGAACAGGAGCAUAACUCCGUGGAGCUGGAGGCAGUUCAGCUCUCUGGGCCAAGGUGAUCUCGUAACCAUUUGACAUGCCAGGGAACAUAUCUGGGUUUCCCACCCGUUUACCGUGAUGCCGCGCUCCCGCCCGUCGGAAAGACUUGCGAUGGUCAUAAACGUUUUCUGAAACGACUUGGAUUGAUGAACCAUGCAUGACAUAAUAAUUUAGCGCCUGUCAAUAAAUCUCUGAGGAGACACA